AUGGGGAGGACAAGGAAUUUGGAGUUGGUACGCAACAGCACGGAAAAACCUUCGCUGAACAUGUUUGAUCAUAAAGACAAAAACAAGAUGGUAUUGUUAAGAGGAUCGAAGGAUGAACCCGAGAACUUUAAGUACCUUACAACAUAUCUCUUCUAUAUGAUUGUGAGAGGAGAGGUUACGGGUAAGUCGCAAAUCGAGUCAUCUGAGAACAUAACAGGAAUUUUGUGGAUGUGGUAUGAGAAAUGGAUAAGUGAUCGGAGGCGAGUAAAGUUUAUGGAGAAACAUUUAGCAAUAUUAAGGGAGAGAGCAAGAUAUUCACCCCAAGCAACCAAUCUAUUCUAA